AUGGCAGUUUGCCACAAGAUGCAAAAGGAUAUUGGAAAAACGCUCACGAUGUCUUUGCCUCAUUCUGCUGUUCCUCCCUACACAUCCACUAUCGAUCACUCCUGGAGAGAGGACACUGGCCUGGAUGGACUUAUGGAUAGCCUAACUGUGAAUUUCACAGUAGACCAGAUCCAAGUGAUCACGGACAAGAAGUCCAGUAUUAGGAAUAUGUCUGUGAUUGCUCAUGUUGAUCAAGGCAAAUCAACCUUGACAGACUCCUUGGUCUGUAAAGCAGGCAUCAUUGCUUCAGCCAGAGCUGGAGAAACACGAUUCACAGACACACGGAAAGAUGAGCAAGAAAGAUGUAUCACCAGCAAGUCUACAUACAUCAAACCAGUACUGAUGAUGAACAAAAUGGAUCGUGCUUGGCUGGAAUUCCAGCUGGAGGCUGAGGAACUUUACCAGACUUUUCAACGUAUUGUGGAAAAUGUCAAUGUCACCAUUUCCACCUACGGGGAGGGUGAAACUGGACCAGUGGGUAGUAUUAUGACUGACCCAGUUAUCAGUACUGUUGGGUUUGGCUCCGGUCUGCAUGGCUGGGCAUUUACUCUGAAGCAGUUUGCAGAGAUGUGUGUAACCAAAUUUGUCGCCAAAGGUGAAAAAGCACAACUGCCUCCAGCUGAGUGUUCAAAGAAAGUGAAAGAUAUAAUGGAAAAACUCUGGGGUGAUAAAUAUUUUGAUCCAGCAACUGGAAAAUUCAGCAAAUCUGCCACUAGCCCAGAUGGAAAGAAGUUGCCAAGGACAUUUUGCCAGCUAGUUCUGGACCCUGUCUUUAAGAGAAGGUAAUAUUUUGUCUUGAUUUGAUUGCAAGGGCGUAUAAAGGACAAUUUUUUUGGUUCAGCAGGUUAGCUCUUAGGAAGGCUAUCCCUCUUAUAAAGUAGGGCCGUACUUUCUGUAGAGACUAGAAAAAUCCUGCAGUAUAAGAUGGACGGACCACUUGGUGGAUAAGGAAUUGGCUGGAUGGUUGCACUCAGAGUUGUGGUCAAUGGCUUGAUGUCCAAGU